AUGCAUCAGGAGCCGACAGUUGUAAUCAGGGUGGUCUGCUCUCAAACCCGCUAUCAAGGACGCAAAACUGGAAAUAGCAGCUCACCAGUGGUGAAGAAACACUGUGAUUACCUACAAAAGAAAUCUCGCAUUGAUGCAGAUCAGAUUUAUCAUUACAAAGAUGUACUGCUGACAGAAAAAUUAAUAGUUGAAUAUGAUUUUUAA